AUGCACACCACUGUUCCUGCUAGCGAGUCGGCAAUUUACGACGAGCUGACUGCCAUUAGGCAACGGCUUUCGCUCAUCAAGCGCGACCACAAGACAUAUAUGAAUUCCAAGAGCAUAACCGAAAUAUACGCCCAGGUUCUGGACAAGACGAAACAGUUGCGGGCGAUCCGGUCAGACACCAAGGACUCGGAAUAUCUUCCGAACAAGGUGGACGUUUUGGUGGACGAGAUCUUCCAUCUUUUGAGUCUUUGUUUUGUCACGUGUGGCCUUAAAAACACCGCUCCGGGCACCUAUGCCUCGCUCUCCACUGUUCAGCGACUGUUGGAACAUUUGAACGAAAACGAGAUAUUCACGCACCAGGAUUUGAACCCGAUCAGAGAACGGCUGGACGAUAUUGCCAACAUCAUCAAUGCGGACGAAACAGCGUCUCCGGAGGAGGUCAAGCUGCUGAAAAGCAAACUGGAACAGUCCAAUAAGGAGUACGCAGUGUUGGAGGACAAAAUUAACAAGCUGCCGGAAAACGUGCAGAAAAUCAUGGACAAGCUCAUCUCGCUCAAGUACAGAAUCCUGGAACUCAUCACCAGCGAAGAGACUGGAAACCGCAAAGAGUUGAAAGUGUUCACCAAACAGUUGGAAGAUAUCCAAUUGCAAUGCGAGCUGGAGUUCUCCAAUUGUCAGCAUCCGAAGGGAGAAGGUCUUUUGAAGGGAUUGAUCGACGACUGCCACUAUUUAAUCCAGGAUUUCCAGAUCGGACAGGACAUGGUGAGUCCGGACCUGGCUGAAAUUUACAACAAGUUGGAGAAACUCAAGAGCACGCUAGAAAACCUGUUGGUCACCAGAAGAUGGGUGUUACGGACAACUGACAUUUUCAACUACCAGCGGGAUCUUAACAACAUCGAUGCGCUUCGUGUUGAUGGAUAUUUUGGUAAGAAAGAGCUUCGUGGUCAGUCCAUAUUGCUAUAUCUUCUGAGACGUUGCUAUGCGAUUAUUUAUAAACUUUUGGAAAGUUCAGAGCCGGUGAGUGAAAGUUUACAGCCAUUGCACAACCAGUUGACAACGGUUCGCAAGUGCUUGCUAGAUUUAAAGCGGAUGGGAGGCGUUUCUUCGAUCAGAGAGCUGUAUCCGUUCCAAAUGAAGCUUGCAUCCAUCGAUAACAAGCGUGAUGACGGGAAAUUUAUGAUUGACGGACAAAUUCCAGAGGGACAAGGGACGCUGAACGCGCUACUGGCAGAGUGUUUUGACAUUGUGCACGAGCUGAAGAUCGAGUUUUACGAAAAAGACGAUUCCGAAAAGAAGGACGACGAGACAAAGUUCAAGGCUAACGUGAUUGGCACCAAGGCACAGGAGACGAAUUAUGACUAUAACAUAGUAGAAGGCGGAGAAGAUUACGAGGAGGACAAUUUGGCAGGACUAAACGAAAGUAUCGGGGAGAGUGAGACAGACGGAGACUUAUAA